UGUCAAUACCAUGUGUCAAGAUGUGUUGUUGAACUGCACGAACUGUUACAUUACUGUUCGUAUGUAACAAGAUAAAUAAUUCGUACUUACCUUGUGUUGUUACUUAUUAAAAAUACUUUUAGUAAAUAACGAUGACAUUGUGGUGCUGGGGUGCAAAUUCUCACGGACAACUGGGCUUAGGCACUGUAAGUGAACAAGUAGAGAAGCCGGCUAAGGUUGAGCUACACUUAUAUGAUAAUAAAGUGCAACAAAUAGCCUGUGGAGGUGGACAUACUCUUCUGAUAGAUGAUGCAGGAAAGCUAUACUCUAGCGGCUGGAACAACAAACUUCAGACCCUGAACGAUACUGAAGAAUACGUUUUUCAAAGGACUUGGAAAUUAAGUGGUAUCACCUUCACUAAUAUAGCAUGCGGAUGGGACUUCAGCUGUGGAGUCACUGAUGACCAAUAUUUGUUUGUUUGGGGUUCCAAUGCUUAUGGUCAAUUAGGAUUACCAAAAGAACAUUUUGCAGAAUCUAUGAAGCCAAUAAGACUCCAUGUAAAAGCAACUUUAGUUUCCAUGGGCUUAAGACAUACUGCUAUUGUUAAUUCAAGAGGUGAAGUGUGGACCACAGGAUUUGGUAAACAUGGUCAGCUAGGUUUAGGAAAUGAUGUAUUAUCCUCAGACAGGUUCCAGAAAGUUGAUAGUGUUGGAAAGAUCUCUCAUAUUGCUUGUGGUCAGAACCACACAGUAGCAUGGUGUUCUGAUGAGAAAGCUUUGUAUGUUUGGGGUGACAACACACAUGGGCAACUGUUACUGUCCUCUGAAAAAUAUAAAAAGAUCUUCAAACCCAAUAAAAUAGAUAUUGGGGUAAAUCAAGAAGUAAGAAAGAUUUUAAGUGGUUGGAAAAAUGUCUUGUUAUGGCUUCAGGAUGGAACUCUGUUAGCAUGGGGUUCAAAUAAUUAUGGACAGCUAGGAGUUCAAAACGCUGUGCCAACUGGAAUAUACACUUAUGUCAGCUUGCCAGGUGGCAGACAUGUACAAGAUAUUGCAUUGGGGUCUGAGCAUGUGCUUUGCCUAGCAACAGAUAACUCUCUGUGGGCCUGGGGAUGGAAUGAACAUUACAACACUGGCAUGAACACGGAGGACAACAGACAACUGCCUACCGUAGUGCCUUUAGAAACAAACGCAACCAUAACACAGAUCUAUGCUGGUGGUGCUUUUAACUUCAUUGUAACUGAAGAGUUAGAUAAUGUGGACCUUACAGAUAAGAAUGAUAACAGGAUGUUAUAGCAAUAAUUUGCAUUGAUUAUGACACUUAAGUGAUCAGGUAUUAUUGCUACUUGUUGUGACUCAAGACUAGUCAUACCUUUAUCCAUCCAUAUACUUAAAAGUAUAUUUCAAUUUAAGUGCUUUUUUUCAAGUUUUUUAUAUUAUGAUUUAUACUAAUAGAACCCACAGUGAUAAAUCUUAAAUUUUGGAUGGUAUUUGUUUGUUUAUUUACAAUUAAAUUGUUUUAAACAAUACAUAUCAAUAUGAGCCUAAAGUUAACUUUAGGUAUGUUACUGAUUUUCGAAAUUAUUUGUAAUAUGGUAUAACUAUUUUUAACACUGUGAUAUUAUGAGUCAUUGUUUUGUAAAUAAAAUACAUCUUACAUA